ACAGGAGUUGAAUCUUUAGUCUCAGAAGGCGCGAAAAUCAUCACAGACAUUCCCAGAAGCUGACGUCACGAUCAGACGACAAUCUAGAAGAAAAAUCCAACAUGGCGGCUGCGGUUGGGGAACGUUCGAGGAAAGCCAGUAGCGAGUCUGGGAACGAGAUGCUAACGUGUGGGAUCUGCCUGGACACCUACACUCGUCCCAAACUGCUGCCGUGUGCCCACAGCUUCUGUGAGGACUGUCUACACGGCAUGGUGGGGUGGCGGAUCUCCAUGUCAUGUCCUAACUGUAGGAAGGACGUCAAACUACCAGAUACAGGUGUUCGCGGGUUACCUGAGAACUUCUGGGUGAGUAACCUGAGACAAGUUCUGUCAGAACGGCGGGAACUGGAGGUCAGAGAGCUGGGCAUGCGCAGGGAGGGACGGGAAUGUACCAUUCACGAGGGGGAGCAGCUCAGGUAUUUCUGCACGCGCUGUGACGUCACCGUCUGCUCCGAGUGCAUGAUCCAAGGUCACAAGAACCAUGACGUCACGAGGGUCGCUGACGUGCUGGAGCAGCAGAGGGCAAAGGUGAAAGUUCAGCUGGAGCGGGGUCGUGAGCGCGCGCAGGUGCUGACGGGAAGGCUGAGGGACAUGGCGGAAACGGAAACGGAGCUGGACGCCAGACAGGAGCGCGCGAAGAGGAGUAUCCAGGAAGCUACAGACCAGCUGAUCGACGCCAUCGCGAAGGAGAAAGUUGCGCUGCUGCAGGACCUGGACACGAGUCACCUGGCGGCCAGACACGUCAUCGCUGACGUCAGAACUCAGGUUGAGCAGGAUCUGGGUGACCUUCUGCUGACCUUGAACCGUGCGGAAACAGCGGCCGCUGCGGACGACCCUUCUGACGUCAUCGACUCCAAACACAAACUCUCGGCGCUCAAAACCGACGCGGUCUACUCAUGCCCCCUACCGGACUUCAGCUUUACUGCAUCCAAGGUCCUGAAGGCCAAGAUCAAGGUCGGCCAGCUGUCUGUGAUCAAGGAUGUUCCUCCAACCAACAACAACAGUUCCAACAACAACCAACCCAACAACCAACAACAGGACAGCCGAGUCCGCAGGUUCAGAGCAGCCACAUUGCGGCUUGUAAAGAGACCCGUGUUCUGGGUUGUCGCCUUGAGUUUCCUGGUUCUUCUCUGCGCAGUUCUGUUCUCGCCAGUCAGCUUAAUUGACUACCUGCAGUACGAACAUGAAGAGCUAGAGGGCGCUUCAACCUUCUCCACUUACUCGCAAUACUGGGAGGAACAGAAUUCUUAGGAUCAAAGUUUGACAACUUCUUAUAGACUUUUUUGUACUAUCAAAUCGUCCUUUGGCAGUUGAUAUUCUUUGAAGAUAGGGUUGGGGAAAGAUGAUCAAUAGUAAAGUUUAACUUUGACUUUGUGCAUAUAAGUUACGGUAUCCAUCUUAAAAAAUCGCACCACAGCCAACCUUUAGCAAAAUUUUGUACAUACUUUUAAAAAGGUGCGCAGGCCAUAAUUAUGUUUACCGAAGGAAAACAUAUUGUUUUUGCUCAGUUUCCUCUUCUG